GGCUUCGUAGAGCUUGAAUGUGUCAUCAAUGACCUCGCCCACAACACGUCAAUCCCUUCCUCCCAAAUUAUUUCAUUAUGGAACAAGAGUCACGCACGCACCGUCAACAAUGUGAACCACUGGAAUGCAUAUGCCAAUUACUUUAAAAAUAACCUCAAGCAGGAGCUCAGCAGGCUCGGGGACGAGGCUCCAGAGGCUCCUGGCACGCCAAGUGCUAGCGUGCACCGCAAGUGCUACAAUGCUUUCAAGGAAUCAUUCCCAAACGACUGGCAGGAUAUUCUCGAGAUUUGUGGUGAGACUGCGUUAUUGCUCGGUGGACCUCAGACAGUUUCCGCGCGGGGACAGGAGUUCCAAAAAUUUACGAAGAAGCUCUCUGGAUUA